GUUAUGAUCUCGUGCACGAAAUAAGUUUUAGAGUUUGCAGACCAACAGUUUGAUGAAAUGAAAUCCUAAUGAAAGUGAUGAUCGGCUUAGUCGUUGACUCCUUAUUUGUCAGCUGUCGGCGAACGUACACCAGAUUGAAUAAUAUAAAGUAAUGCAGAGUAUAAACGGGACAGUUCGUGGUUUUUGUAAAUACCCAUUGGCUGGAUCUCUCUGGGCACGCAAUUCUUGCUCCAAAUUAUUUGUUGGAGGGCUUUCAUAUGAUACCAACGAGACUGUUUUGAAGAAUGCUUUUGAAAGACACGGUGAAAUCAUUGAAGUUCGAGUUGUUGCCCGUCAUGUGAGUGAGAAAUCAAGAGGGUAUGGGUUUGUGCGUUUCACUUCUGAAGCUUCAGCCAUUGCUGCUCUUAAGGAAAUGCAUUCCCGGGUAUUGGAUGGUAGAAAUAUUCGAGUUGAAUUCACACUCAAGGGAUGAUUGAUUGAUAUUUAUCAUUAGAGUGGUUUGGUGUCUUCCAUGUUGGUAGUUAUUGAUUUUCAUUCAAUCAAUGUAGGAAAACUUGGUUUCAUGUGUUGAAUCUGUGACUUAACUU